AUGGGAAAAAAUGUGAUCUUUAGGUUGCUAAUAAUUAUUUAUUUGCUUAUCUAUGUUGCUGCGUCUCUCAAUAGCUCCACUGAUGAGUAUGCUCUUCUAGCCUUUAAAUCUCAAAUUUUUGAUCCAAAUGAAAUCUUGGCCAAAAAUUGGUCACAAGGAACCUCCUUCUGUAAUUGGAUUGGUAUUACUUGUGGCAAAAGACAUGCAAGAGUCAGAGGCUUACAUCUAACAAAUAUGGGCUUGCAAGGUACUAUUGCAAAAGAGAUAGGUGAACUCUCUUUUUUGAGAUCUUUGAUUAUUAGCAACAACAAUUUUCAAGGAUUUAUCCCUGAUGAAUUGGGUAAUUUGAGCCUACUUCGAGAGAUAGAGAUGCAGUCCAAUGAGCUAAACGGUUCCAUUCCAUCAAGUUUAGGAUUUCUUGUAAAUCUACAGAAAUUAAAUCUCUCCAACAAUAUACUUUAUGGGGAUAUUCCUAAAAAGAUUUUCAACAUCUCUUCUUUGAUAGAAAUUGGUUUAGGAAACAACAAUCUCUCUGGGAGUCUUCCGACAGACAUAUGCACGAAUCUUCCAAAGCUAGAGAAGCUAAGAAUUUCAGUGAAUCAAAUAAGUGGCAACAUUCCUCCAAGCUUGGGAAAAUGCAUGAAUCUUGAACUACUUUCUAUGUCAUACAAUAAUUUUGCUGGAAGCAUUCCAAUGGAAAUCGGGAACUUGUCAAAGCUUCAAUCUCUCUAUCUAGGAAUAAAUAAUUUGAAAGGAGAAAUGCCUUCGACCAUCUUCAAUAUCUCUUCUCUACUGAGAAUAUCGAUCGGAGGAAGUAUUCCAAAUGAAAUUGGAACCUUAUCAGCACUUCAAGUAUUAGAUUUCACAGACAAUAACUUUACAGGAAAUAUUCCAAAUGAAAUUGGAAACCUGUCAGCACUUCAAAAUUUAUAUUUGGGUGACAACAGCUUUACUGGAGGCAUUCCAUACGAAAUUGGAAACUCGUCGACACUUCUACGUUUAUAUUUGAAUUUCAACAUCUUGACAGCCAGAGGGCUCCCUGAUCUCCAAAAACUUUACUCUAACGACAAUCGAAUGAGUGGAGAAAUUCCUGACAGGAUUUCAAAUUGUUCUAAACUUAUUGAAUUGGAACUUAGUGUCAACUCGUUCAGUGGACGUGUACCCAUUAAUCUUGGGAAUUUACAAGACCUAGAAUAUCUUAACUUAGGUAAUAAUCUCUUGACAAAUGAUCCUUCAAUGCUGGAUUUGGAUUUUCUAUUUUCGUUAACGAAUUGUAGACAAUUGAAGACCUUAGUGAUCAGUGACAAUUUUUUUGAUGGAAGACUUCCAAAAGCUCUAGGUAAUUUUUCGACAUCUCUUCAACAAUUCAUUGCUCGUUCUUGUGGCAUCAAAGGUAUGAUUACAAGAGAAAUUGGCAAUAUGAGCAACUUGAUCUGGUUAGAAAUGGGAGGCAAUGAGCUCACAGGAAAAAUUUCUGACACAUUGAGUCAAUUGAGGAAGUUGCAACUGUUGUCGUUUGAUGACAAUAAACUGCAUGGGUCAAUACCUAGCAGCCUUUGCAAUUUGGUAAAUCUUUAUCUCUUGGAAUUGGAGACAAAUCAGCUCUCUCAACAACUACCAACUUGUCUAGGAAAUCUUACUUCUUUACGCAAAUUUUAUUUAGCUAACAACUCAUUGACUUCAACCAUCCCAUCCACAUUAUGGGCUAACAAGGAAAUUCAAAUAAUGGACCUGUCAUAUAAUUUUCUAAAUGGUUCGUUGGCUCCAGAAAUUGGCAGCGUGACCAGCAUGAGAGUGUUAUAUCUAUCAGGGAAUCAGUUCUCAGGUGAGAUUCCAAGCACUAUUGGGGAACUUCAGAAUUUGGAAAAUCUAAUGUUGUCAGACAAUCAGUUAAAUGGUUCUAUACCUGAGUCGUUUGGUAAUUUGAUUGCAUUGCAAAUUUUGGAUCUAUCUAAUAACAAUCUCAAUGGAGUGAUCCCCAUGUCAUUGGUGAAACUGAAGUACCUUGAGUAUUUCAAUGUUUCAUUCAAUAGUCUCAGUGGUGAAAUUCCAAAUGAAGGGCCUUUUAAGAACUUUACCUCAGAAUUUUUCACAGGCAACAGAGAAUUUUGUGGAGCAUCUCAAUUUAAGGUCAAGCCAUGCAAAGAUAAUAGAACCAGAUCAACUAUAAGGACCAGAUUUUUGAAGUACAUUUUACCAUCAAUUGCUUUUGUAUUGAGUCUGGCCAUUAUUGUAUUUUUUUUAAUAAGAUGCCAUAGCAGAAAUACACUUAUUCCAACUCAGUCUACUUCCCCCAUCACCAUCAAGAGGAUUUCAUAUCAUGAAGUUCUAAAUGCUACCAAUAAUUUUGGUGAAGAGAAUCUGAUAGACAAAGGCAGUACAGGUUCAGUGUACAAAGGAAUAUUUUCAGAUGGUAUGAUCGCAGCUAUUAAAGUUUUUAAUCUAGAUUUGGAAGAUGCAAAUAGGAUUUUUGAUACAGAGUGUCAAAUACUAUGCAACAUUCGUCAUAGAAAUCUUAUCANAUCCAAAGGUAUAAAUUCUGAUAUAAAGGUCAAUAUUUUUUGA